AUGAGACUCCCCCGGAACCAAGCCCGGCAGACGACAAACCCAGCGUUGUGGGGACAGGGCAUCACGCAGCCGGCCGCCGAGCAGGUGUUCUGGGUGCUGGGCGAGGCGGCCGGGCCCUGCAGCGCUCCGUCCCUCGCCGGCGGAGAGGACCAAUGCUCACUGCCCGGGGCUGGCGGACCGGAGACCCCGGGGGGCCUUGCUGGCCCCCACACCCCGCGUCACCAGCGCGGCUCCCGCUCCUGGCAGCCACGGGUCACCUCCCCACCACACCCUUCGGCCGCGUCUUCACCUCUGACGGCCACGCUGCCUUUGUCAACCGCCUUCAAAGCUGCCCAGUGCUCCGUCCGCCCCGCCAAGCGCUCCCAGGGCUGCAGGGAACCGGGCAGGGGCCCCAGGCAGAGCCGGGCUUCCACGCGUGUGCGGAGGAAAGCACGGCUGAAAGCCAAACCCCGGGAGCCCGGGGAUCCCGGACUCGUGGACCUGCCCGUGUGCCCGCGUGGAGGGCCGCCUCAGGACGGGCACGCAGAGGUCCAUGAUCCAGAACUGGGUCCCGGAGGGGCCGUGGCGGCCGUGGCUGUAACCGUGGCCCAGACGCUGCCUUACACCGAAAACCACGGCAACGAGGACGCGACAGAUGGCACCAGGGUGCCGUUUCGCCACACGGAGGAGGGCGUGCGCGUGCGGGAAGACCUAGGCUUGGCCACGCUCGUGUUCACGGUGUGGUGGCCCCGCUCCGUCCUGCUCAGGGAGCCGUGCUGCCCGCCCGGAGGGCUGCUCUCAGAGCCCCUGGGGGCCACACCGCCCCAGGGUCUCAAGCCUUACCCUGGACCCCGUAUACUUUCCCAGUGCAACCCCCCAGCCCCGGGCCCCCCGGGCCGCCCAGGCCGGCGGUGCUCUGACCCUGGGACCCCGCCCCCACCCCCCAUCCCGUGUGAGGCUGGAUUCCGCAUCGAGCUCCUGGUUCUGCAACGUGUGUCGAGGGUCAGCAUUGCGGAUGGGCACCCAGGGCCCGUGGAGAACUCGGAGCCGGGGGCAGCCCGGCUCCUGCCACCCGGGUGCCCUGUCUUUAUCAUCCCCUGGCCUGGCCGGGAGAGGCCACCACGGGGAGACGCAUCACGCCGAGCGCGGCGGCGGCUCACGGGCCCCGCGGUGGGGACUCACCCGGACAGGCUGGCACGGCUGGCAGCUUCCGGAGGCCACGCUGCGCUGCGAGGCUGCUUCGGCCUCUUAAAGGCUUAUUCAAACCCUGAACGAGGAACUCAGGACCUGCUUGCGCCCGACACGACCCUCCAGACACAGAACCAGGCAGCGCUGACCCCAGGCCCAAGGACAGGCCUGUCGGCUCUGACCACGGCCGUCCUGAGGGCCAAGGCCUGGGACCACCCUGCCAGGAGAGCAGAUCGGGCCCCCCCCCCCUGCCGAUCUGAGCUCAUUAGCCCCUCUCACUGCCCACUGCCACCCGGAACCCUGCUCCCCGCGAGCUGGCCACCCAGCCAGACUCUGGAGCCUUUACCACACGCCCCCGACGAGGUCCAGACGGGGAUGGAGGACAGCCAGGACGCCCCCAGCGUGCCCAGCCAGGCAAACACAGCCACCUCGGCUGCCGAGGUCCUGGGAGGACGGUCAGGGUCCUUCGGCCUGAGCUCGGGGUCUCCUAAAGCAGAACCCAAGAAGCUCCUGAAAUCCUGCGCCCCACAGAGGCGAGACCCCUCAGCGCCGGACAUCGCCUCCCAGCCCCCACCCCUGGGCUUGCGCACAGGAACCAAACGCAGACGCUACCCCUCCUCCCCCGUCCUCAGGAUGGGAGGAAAGUCUGGCGGCCCUGGCCUCGGGGAGAGAUGGUCUUCACGUCUCUGUGGUGGAGGGGCUGCUUCCUCGCCCACGCCUCCCCAAGGCCACGGGGGUCCUCGAGGGUCUCCGAGCCUGCUUCGUGCACACUGGAGCCCCUGUGAGAAGCGUCCGGCCACCCGGCCACCCCAGCUUGGAGGCAGGACGUCCUGGGAGUCAGGCCUCGCUCGUGCGGGCCUGGGGGCCCCUGACGAAGGCCGCCCUGGCGCUCAGGCCCCGCAGGCUCACACAGCCCCCUGGGGGCUGCAGGCGGGGCCAGGAAGGGCCUUGGCCCGCAGGAAGGAGGGGCAGGACGGGCUGUGUGGAGACGGCCACUUGGGACAGACAGAGAGUGGGAGAAGCUUCCACGACCCUCCCUGCCAGAAGGGCGUGGGCCCCGCUCCGGAGCAUCCUGGGGAAUGGGCUACGGGCUCCAAGCAGCCGGAUGUGGCCCUCUGGGGGACCCAGCACGGGGCCAGUCGCCUCCACGCCGGGCACCUGGGCCCUCUGGGCACCUGGGCACCAGGCCCGCCUGGGCCGGGACCAGCCUCUCCUGAGACGGGACAGAUGCUCCACGCCCUGGCCAGCCUGUCCGUGCCAGCCCGGGCUGCCCUGGCCCUCCUCCCUGGAGUGACUCUGGGCCCGAGGCUCCCGGCUGACGGCAAACCCAAGGCCAUCGAUGGCCCCACACCGUCCAGCGGUCUUCUGGAGACGGCCCGGCCCUGA